AUGGCAUCACAAUACCAUUUUAUAUUGAAUGAAAAAAUUCAAUUAAUGAAUCAUAAUAAUGGUUUACCCCCGAUUCGGUCCGAAUCGAUAUGUACCCUUCGACAUCUUACUGGUAAAUGUCCAUUAGCAAAUCAAGCUCGCGAAGACAUUCGAGUAAAUCAUGCAAUACCAUAUGUUAUAAAAUAUCUUCAUACAAAAGAAAAUAAUUGGUCUUUACUUAAAGCAUGUAUUGGUCUUAUACGUAAUUUAGCUUUAUCAUCAAAUAAUUUAACAAUAUUAUGUGAACAUCGAAGUGUAUAUAAAAUAGGAAAAUUAUUUUUUCAAAUGCGAACAAUAUCUGAACGUACUGAAUUAUUUAUAACAACAUUAUUUGUUUUUUCUCGUCAACAAAAUGAAAAACUUCAAAUGAUUAUCUAUGAUCAAAUUAAUAAUUCAGGUUGUAUUGAAACACUUGCUCGAUUUGCAUUGUCAAGUAAUCUUGGUCGAAUUCAACAAAUGUCUAAAGCGAUUUUAGAUGAUUUACGUCAUAGUAAUAAAAUUGAACAUGAAGAAAUAAUCAACGAAGCAGAAAAAUCGAUUAAAAUUGCACAAUUUUUACAAUCUUAA